AUGCUCUGCUCUUCCACCCUGGCCUUCUCUCCGCCCUCCCCUGCCGGUCCACCGGCCUUCAGAAAGGUCAGUAGAAUCACCGCCAUGGUUAGAGCUCAACCGCUGCAAGUACAGCCUGGCGUUCCUCCAUCCGCGCCCACCUCGCUGUGUCCGUCUCCAUCUCGAGUUCUUGGCGUUGCCAUCCCUUUAGCCGCCUCCGUUUGCCUUCUCCUGUGGUCGAAUCCAGUGGAUGCUGGAAUUCUAUCAGGUUUCUCGGGCUUCGAGUCGGUCCCUGGUCCCCAGCUACCACGGAUCAAUUUCCUUGAAGAAUGGAAUGAGAAAAACCAGAAGAAGUACGCUGAGUUUGAUUCAAGAUUCAAAUCAUCAUCCGUGCUUAAAGAGCUUUUGGAAAAAUCCAAAUUGAAUAAAGAAAGGAAUCAAAGAGAGCUUCAAGAUAAGUACUGCUUGAGAGGUGCAGAGUGGGGCGUGGGAGACUGCUCCACACAAGGAAUGACACAGGAAGAAAGAGAUGAGUUUAUUGCAACGUUGAAGAAGAGGGCUGGAGGAGAUUAAGUAGCAGUAACAAUUUCUUUAAAAAAAUUGAGAAAAGUUUGACCCUUUUUUUUUUUUUUACCUGUUCCAUUUGGUAAUUUACUUGUAAUAACUUGUGACGUUAGCUCAAACGAGGAUGUGUCCUGUGUACAGCUCCCGGAUCAAACCAAUACAACACUGAUGGGGGAGGAUGUAACAGUGUGUUUUGAGGAA